AUGAGUGAAUCGGAGCUUAUGAAUUCCGCCAACGGUUCGUUGUUGGACAUUAGUUUAGAAGAAGAAUUGUGUACAAGCGAACGGUUCUCGUGUGGAAUUUGUGAGGCCAGUUAUGCUAGGAAAGCCUACUUGAAUCGUCAUUUGAAGACACAUGAGGAUGGAUGCAUAAAGUGCUCAGUGUGCACUCAGUUCUUUAAGACUGAGGAAGAUAAAAGGAAACACAUCGAGGACAAACAUAGGCCAAUCAUGUGCGAAAGUUCUGGAAAGGUUUUUUCCACUCGUAACUAUAUGGAAUUCCACAAGAAAACCCAUGAGGUAGAGGUUGUGAACUAUGGCAAGAAAUGUCCAUUUCCAAACUGUGGGAAGAUAUAUUGGCAGAAUUCUAAAUUUCAAGACCAUUUGAUGAUGCGAUUCAAAUAA